AUGUCAUUAUAUUAAAACUCAUCUUCAUCAUAACGUAAGCCAUGGACACCUAGUGAAGAUAGAUUGUUAAAUGAAUUAAAAAAAAACAAAGAAUAUAAUUGGAUUGAAGUUGCCAGAAGAAUUGAUGGUCGUAAUCCAUCUUAAUGUUCUUAAAGAUGGAAGCGUAUCAAAGGAUUUAAACUUAGAAGAACUUGGACAAAAGAAGAAGACAUUAAAUUACUUGAAUUAGUUAAUAUUCAUGGAUUUAAUUGGUGUUUAAUAAAAACAUAUUUUGAAAACAGAUCUGAAAAAUAGGUUAGAGAACAUUAUCUUAAUCAAUUGGAUCCAUAAAUUAAUAAUGCCCCUUGGAGUAUAGAAGAAGAUAAAAAGAUUGUUGAACUUUAUUAAUAAAUUGGAGGAAAUUGGAGUAUAAUAACUAAAGAACUAAAUUAAAGAUCUGAGAAUAGUGUUAAAAAUCGAUUUUAUUCAUGUCUUAGACAUAAAUAUCUUAAUGUUAAAAAUCUAUACUAUAUAGUACCUGAGAAAAAAUAAAAGUUGAAUGAAGAAGAGAGUUAGCAGAAUUAAAAUUUAUAGGAGCAAUAAAAUAUUACUGCAAUUUAAGAGCCAAUAUAAUAAACACUAGUUUAAUAAUAACCUAAUUAUGUUUAAUUUUAUUAGAUUCCAAUAUAUAUACCUUAACCAAUGUUAAUGCCUGUAUAUAUUUAUCCAUAAUAAUUUCAACUCAAUAAUCAACAAUGAUUAUUAUUUAUUUUAUAUUUAUGUGUACA